CACAGAAGAUAUCCAGCAUUCCACAGUGUGCCCAGCAGUGCUACUCUAACAUUCAGAGCCGUCUCAACAAACUUAAGCCAGAACAAGAUGCCCAAGGAGCAACCGCAGAAGAGUAGGGAUCUGGAGUUGGACCGUCUCGUCCGCCAGUCCCCGCUCCAGUCCCCCCCUACCCCUUCACCCUCUUCCCCAAGCUCCGUCCUAGACUUACCCAAUGUGCCCUCUUACCCCCGUCUGCCACCCAUCACCCCUUCCAGGCAGUUGUCAGGCGUCUCCAACCCUGCCUUUCACAUUGAGGAUGACCCGACCUCUGCUAGACCCUCAGUGAGCUCCAGACUGAGUGUGCACCCGGCCGUGAAUGUCGAAGAUGUCGACUCCGACCGAGGGAAAGGAGGAAGACGAUCUCGCCCCAUACCACCAAUAAUAAACCCACAGGACCCUAACCUCAAAACCCUCACCGUCCCUGGUGCCCGUAAAGCCAGUCGGACCAGUGCAUGCAGAGACAGAAAACCACAGACAAUUUGGACCAAGAUCAAAAGACUUUACUCACAAGAUGAUGAGGAAGAAGAGGAGUUAGAAACUGCAGUCCGGGCCUGGCCAAGCCAGAGUAGCAUCUCAAGUGCAGAUGACGGGCUAAAUCAACGGCCAGCCUCUUCAGCCAGCCAAACUAGUACGGUAGUAAAUGAGAGGUUACAAGAGCUGGUCAAGCUGUUCAAAGAGAGAACAGAGCGAGUCAAAGAGAAGCUGAUUGAUCCAGAUAACUCGGAUGAUGAAACACCACCUGCCUCCCCAGCUAAGCAAGCUCCAGCUCCUCCUCCUCCUCCUCCUGAACCUCAAGCAGAGCAGAAAACAGAGCAGGAGGUAUCCGAGGCCCCUGCUGAGAAAGAAGAGGAGAAAACAAAGGUCCUGUGCUGUAAAGUGAAACCUCAGUCCAAGAUUGGUCGACUUGUGCAGUACGGUUUUCCAUCCAGUAUCGACCCCUUCACCAAUCUGAUCUACGUACUUUGGCUGUUUUGCGUGUCUUUGGCGUUUAACUGGAACGCGUGGAUGAUCCCUGUACGUUGGGCAUUUCCAUAUCAAACACCGGAUAACAUCCAUGUUUGGCUGUUGAUUGACUACUUAUGUGAUGCCGUUUACAUACUGGACAUCCUGGCCUUUCAACCCAGACUGCAGUUUGUGCGUCAUGGAGACCUUGUGACCGGCAAGAAAGAGAUGAGAAAUAAUUACAUCAAAGCUGUACGAUUCAAGCUGGAUGUGGUCAGUCUACUUCCUCUGGAACUCCUCUACUUCAAAACAGGGAUUAAUCCACUUCUUCGCUUACCCAGGAUCCUGAAGUUCAUGUCUUUCUUUGAGUUCAACAAGCGUCUGGAGGCUAUACUGACCAACGCUUACGUUUACAGAGUUAUUCGAACCACCACCUACUUGCUGUAUGCCGUCCACUGCAAUGCAUGUCUGUACUACUGGGGCUCUUCAUAUGAAGGUCUGGGUUUCUCAGAAUGGACCUAUGAUGGGACAGGCAAUAGUUAUUUUCGCUGCUACUACUUUGCUGUGAAGACUUUGCUGACCAUUGGUGGUCUGCCAGAACCCACAACACUUUUUGAGAUUGUGUUUCAGCUCAUCAAUUACUUUAUUGGAGUGUUUGUGUUCUCCAUCAUGAUUGGUCAGAUGAGAGACGUUGUUGGUGCAGCGACUGCGGCUCAGACAAACUAUCGUGCCUGUGUGGAUAACACAGUGAAGUACAUGGCCUCCUACCGCAUCCCUAAAGAUGUGCAGAACAGAGUGAAAACCUGGUACAGCUACACGUGGCAGUCCCAAGGCAUGCUGGAUGAACAAGAGCUAUUAGAUCAACUACCCGACAAGAUGAGGCUGGAUAUAGCAGUGGACGUCAGCUACAACAUUAUAAGUAAAGUGCCACUCUUCCAGGGCUGUGAUAGACAGAUGAUCUUUGACAUGCUGAAAAGGCUCAGAUCAGUGGUGUACCUUCCAGGAGACUAUGUCUGCAAGAAGGAUGAAGUGGGUCGUGAGAUGUACAUUAUAAAGGCAGGGGAAGUCCAGGUAGUUGGUGGUCCCGAUGGAAAGACCGUGUUUGUGACCCUGAAAGCAGGAGCUGUGUUUGGAGAGGUCAGCUUGCUUGCUGUGGGUGGAGGAAACCGGCGGACAGCUAAUGUUGUAGCACGUGGUUUUGCUAACCUCCUCAUCUUGACCAAAAGGGACCUGAAUGAGAUCAUAGUGCAUUAUCCAGAGUCCCAGAAACUGCUGCGCAAGAAAGCAAGGAAAAUGGUGAUGAAGGAUAAAAAGCCUGCUGAGAAGAAAGAGGAAGAAAAGGAGCCCAUUCCGAUUAUUCCUCCUCGCGCCGAGACGCCCAAACUGUUAAAAGCUGCGCUGGAGAUGACAGAGAAAACAGGAAUGAAAGGAACAUGGUCCAAAAUUAAGGACAGGAGCAACAGAUCGAGUGUCUCCUUGCAGCACUCCAUUUCUUCCUCUGCGGUGCCCAACUCUCCAGUCCAUGAAGCGCACUCAGAUCAAGAUGCAGACACUCUGUCUCAGAUAUCAGACAGUUCAAUGCAAAUCCCCACGACCCCCACUGGCGCUGGAGACAGGAAUGCAUUUUCUGAAGAGGGCCCAGCAGAGGAGGAAACUAAAUAGAAAAGAAGUAAUCCAGUGGCAAAUAAUGCAGCUACGAAAUAACCCAGACAGCUGAGACCAUCAAAAUAAUUUGCAGGACACUGUUGUGCUCAGUGUUUUGCUCCUGAAACGGGUCAUGAGGUCAGGUACAGUCAGUGAACUCAGGAAUUCUCAUUUCGUUUUCUCAUUCAGAAUCUAAAUUAAUGAUAUACAGUAAUAAGCAGAAUAUAACUUCUCAUAAUAAGCAUAUCAUACUAGCAUAACCCAUGAGGUCUACCCAGGAUGUCUGGAUGCUUUUAGCUUUGGUCGGAUGUCAGUUACUGUAGUGAAUUAUAGAAAGUCAACUAAUAAGAUUAUUUCACUCUUGAUAAAUAACAUGAUGUAUGUGCUUACACCUGUUAACAUCCCUAAUGAAGAGCUAUUGCAUUUAAACAGACCUGAAAUCUUGUUUGCUUCUGCUAUCCUAGUGCCUUAAUAAACAUUGAACACUGUUAAGCACUGUACACACCCUCAGUGCUCAUUGCUAUAUGAGCUUGUAUAUAUUUUAGCAUUAUGUAGCAUUUCGUCCCAGUUUUUCAAAGUAUAUCCCAGUGUCCCAACAGUUCACUUAAAAACACAAUACAUUUCAGCUGUGUGGCCUGUUUGAAACACUCUAGGUCUAAACUAAAGAUGUUACAUUAAUAUGAUAUGCACAUUAAUAUGUAACAUUUUCUCUGAAUGUAUAAACUGCAUCUUUUGGAAUUAUUGUUAUUCUUUCAGGUCGGUUAGUUUCUCUGUGCAACAUCUGUCUGCUGAAGAUGUGUCAAAGUGUUGAAAUACAAGUGAUUUUAUUCCUUGGUUCAUGAUAUCCAGAUGUAGGAGGAAAAGUUUUUGCUGCCAUUAACUAAAAUCAAAUAGUUAACAGCUUUUCAGAAGUAAGAACAAAUGGGCAGAAGUUUUAAAAAAUGAAAAUCGCCUUUUUUAUAUAAACUGUCUCUGAAGACUUGUUUUUAAUUAUGUUUUCUUGUUUGUAUAGCUUCCUUGAUAUAUAAGUGUGCGUCAAACACUGGAAAGUUAGUUAUGCUUGUUGGACAAUAACACGUUAAAUGGAAUAUAUACUUUUGAGCUAGCAGCUAGACAUUAUGUACAGGCUUUAUUUAUUAGUAUUAUUUACUUGUGUAAAUGUUGUUGAUUGCUGAUACUGUUUAUUUGUAUUAUAUUGCUGUUGCAGAAUGUUUAGUAUGUGUUUAGUACAUUCUGAGCAGCUAAAAUGUUUUAUGGCCUGAGUGACUCAAUUGUAAAUAAUUCAAAUAACUGUAAAUAAUAAUCUCUAGGUCACUGUUGAGUGAUUUGAAAUUGUGUCAGAAUUAAAGUAAAUGAUUGUAUGACUAUCUGUAUAUUUUUCUUUGAUGCACCACUGUACGCUUU